GAAGCCGAGAGGGUGACCAGGGUAUCUCGUACAUCCCUCAUAUGUUGCUGGACCUAUACAUGAUGAGUUUAUACCUUCAAAAGCUGGCGUGGGGGACCGGAAGUUGUCAAGAUGCCUCAACUGGAAUACAUACCGAAGCAUUACGAAUCCACUCCCUACAAAAGCCAGACUACUGCAGCAGUGCAGCUGAGGUCUAAUGAUGACGAAACACCAUUUAAUUUCACAUUCGAUGCAGUCCGACCACACAUCUUCCGGACAACCUUCACGUCAGAGACUCACCCAUUGCCUCCGUACCCAUCAAUACCGCAGCCUGACACGAAGCUUGGUGGCGUUCGACUUACCACCUUGGAUUCAGGACGCUUUCAUCAUUCUUUCCAGGUUGGAGAAAUCAAGGCUUCUGUCGACUGGAAGCACGCCCCAGUCGUGUCAUUGAGCUGGGAUGACUCGGACGAAGUGUUCCAUGCCGAUCUCGACUUUCGAUCAUACGUUGUUGACGGACCAGGCAUCACACACUAUACCCGUCAUGACCGAAAAGCUCUGCACGUCGGUCUGGGCGAGAAAGCCGCACCCAUGGACCUCACAGCUCGGCACUUCCAGAUUUCCGCCACCGACUGCUUUGGCUACGAUGCAUACGCCACGGACCCAUUGUACAAACACAUGCCGCUGCUCAUCAAGGCCACUACAAACGGGUGCGUCGGCAUAGUCUCGACGAGCCACAGUCGGGGAUCAUGGUCUGUGGGAUCCGAGAUUGACGGUCUUUGGGGCCACUUCAAAGUCUACCGACAAGACUAUGGUGGCCUGGAAGAGUACAUCAUCGUCGGCCGGACGUUGAAAGACGUGGUGCGAAGCUAUGCGGAGCUUGUCGGCUUUCCCUUGCUGGCACCACGUUGGGCGUACGGAUACCUCUCGGGAGGGUAUAAAUACACCAUGGGUGAUGACCCUCCAGCAUAUCAGCAACUUCUUGACUUCGCCGAUAAAUUGAAGGAACAUGACAUACCGUGCUCAGCACAUCAGAUGAGUUCCGGUUACUCAAUUGCCGAGACAGAGCCAAAAGUCAGGAAUGUGUUCACCUGGAACAAGCAUCGCUUUCCAGACCCAGAAGGGUGGAUCAGGAAGUACCACGCGUUAGGGAUCCGUCUUCUGACCAACAUUAAGCCAUUCGUACUUGCCUCACAUCCAGACUAUAAAUACUUGGCCGAGAAUGAAGGCUUGUUCACCGACCAUAAGACCCAUAAAACGGCGGAAAUGCGCCUCUGGAGUGCCGGAGGCGGUGAAAGUGGCCUUGGAAGUCACGUCGAUUUCACCUCGUCCGCUGCAUAUGAAUGGUGGGCACGUGGUGUGCAGAAGCUGAAGGAACAAGGUGUGGACGCCAUGUGGAAUGACAACAAUGAAUAUACUCUCCCCAACGACAAUUGGCAGAUGGCCCUCCAAGCAGUACCAAAACCUCGAGACAAAGUUGGCAAAGAGGUCGGUCUCUGGGGACGUGCAAUGCACACCGAGCUGAUGGCGAAAGCAUCGUAUGACGGACUCUUGCGUGCGGAACCUCAUGUACGGCCGUUUGUGCUGACCCGUAGCGCAAGCAUUGGCACUUUGAGGUAUGCAUGCAGUUCGUGGAGUGGUGACAACAUGACCAGCUGGGAAAGCAUGAAAGCCGCAAAUGCACUGUCCCUGAACGCAGGAGUAAGUCUGAUGCACUGCUAUGGUCAUGACAUAGGAGGCUUCGAGGGUCCACAGCCAUCACCAGAAUUGCUGCUUCGCUGGAUACAGCUCGGAUGCCAUCAGAUUCGAUUUGCCAUCAAUUGUUUCAAGACUUCGCCUCAAGAUAAUCAGGCAGGCGAAGUCAUUGAGCCAUGGAUGUAUCCUGAGAUCACGCCCAUGAUUCGCAAAGCCAUCAAGAGACGGUACGAGAUCAUGCCGUACAUAUAUUCUCUGGGCUUGGAAAGCCACCUGACAGCCAGUCCUCCGCAACGGUGGAUUGGAUGGGGCUAUGAGUCUGACCCGGAAGUGUGGACAAAAGCUCUGAAAAAUGGUGAGGAACAAUACUGGUUUGGAGAUACGUUACUUGUUGGCGGCGUGUAUCAGCCUGGAGUUGACGAGGCAAAGAUUUACCUCCCUCGUUCGUCUGUUGGGUUUGCUUUCGGAUACGUCAAUCUCAACGCGCCAUACGAGUACCUGGCUCCAGGCCAGUGGGUGAUAGUUGACUCGCCAUGGAGGGAAAGCAUCCCACUGUUCGCGAAGAUUGGUGGAGCAAUUCCUGUGGGAAAGAGUGUUCACACACGCCUGCCAGGUGACAGGAAAAGUCCCGAAAGCAGAACUCUUCCGGCCGAUGAUUGGCGUGGGAUAGAGAUCUUCCCACCGAAAGGCAGCUCACUCGGACACCUCUUCUCCACGACUUGGUACGAGGACGACGGUUUGUCUCUGAGUCCAAACAUUUCUUCGUUCACCGUCACCUACACCUCCACGCAAGAGAAGGUGACGGUGUCGUUGACGCCAAAACCUGACAAUGUAUUUGUGCCGGAUUGGAAGGAUGUGGUUUUCAUCUUGCCGCAUGGCGAUGAGAGAUAUAUAGAAUCGGCCAGGGACUUCGGCAUGGAGCGUCUCGAGAAGGAUCAUGGCGGAAGGGUCUCCUACAAAAUGGCAUGUUCGGCACAGACUGGUCGGCCUGUGCUUAACAAAAGCAUGUUGUAAAUAGACAAAACGACCUGCAUCCAGAAAUAUGAAACGUUCGCAUGUAUGGCAUGCCUUGAAGGAAAGAACCUCCCUUUAAUCGCGAUUGCAGCCAUAAUCAAGGCGACGCUAAGAUACGGAUGGCCUGAUCGGCUUCAUCUCCGCAA